CCCAAGCGCUGUCAGGGAGAGAGGGAGCGGAUGUGAGCGGAGCGGCCACUUCCUGUUUCCUUACUGCUCGCUGCCCUCGCGCUUUGGGUGGUGGCCGUUGCCUCGUCGCCGAUAACCGUUCCCCCCCUCCGCCCUCCCCCGUCAGCACGUUUUAAAAAAAAGAAGCUGAGGCGGCCGCGACCCUCCCCCCUUUCCUCGUUCCCCGUCACGAAAUCUCGCGGGGGUUCCGCGGCCCUCCCAAGAGAGCAGCAACAGGAGGAGGCCUCGAGAACCGGCACGAAGCAGCCUCAGCAGCAGCCGCGGCCGCCGCCCCGAUGCAGGCCAUCAAGUGUGUGGUGGUGGGAGACGGUGCUGUAGGUAAAACAUGCCUACUUAUCAGUUAUACAACCAAUGCAUUUCCUGGAGAAUACAUACCCACUGUCUUCGAUAACUAUUCUGCCAAUGUGAUGGUUGAUGGGAAGCCAGUCAACCUGGGCUUGUGGGAUACAGCUGGACAAGAAGAUUAUGACAGACUGCGCCCACUAUCCUAUCCACAGACAGUUGAAGGAACGAAUGGUAAGGAUUUAACUCCCAGGGUGAAGCGUCAACCUUUCUGUGAUGUCUUCUUAAUUUGCUUCUCCCUUGUGAGUCCUGCAUCCUUUGAAAAUGUCCGCGCAAAGUGGUAUCCUGAAGUGCGGCACCAUUGCCCCAAUACUCCCAUCAUACUCGUGGGCACCAAACUGGAUCUCAGAGAUGACAAAGACACAAUUGAAAAACUGAAGGAGAAGAAGCUUACUCCCAUCACUUACCCACAAGGCCUUGCCAUGGCAAAAGAGAUUGGUGCGGUGAAAUACCUAGAAUGCUCAGCGCUUACACAGCGAGGCCUCAAGACAGUCUUUGAUGAAGCUAUCCGAGCAGUUCUCUGCCCCCCUCCUGUAAAGAAGAGGAAGAGAAAGUGCCUGCUGCUGUAAUGUUCCUGUUCCCCACCCAACCCCUCUCCAAACCUUCUGUGCUUUGCUCAGAACAGUGGAGCAUUCACAUCAAUGCCAAGUUCUUGUUUAAAAAAAUUAGUUUUCUUCCAUUACUUUUUUUUUUUGAACCAAUCAUCAAUUUACAUUUCCCUUUUCUCUAAAGGAUUUGAUUUCUUUUUUUCUCCUUCUACUAAAGAGAUCUUUUAAAAAAGAGACAAACCUAUAUGAAAGCCUUAUUUUUUCCAAGUCCUCUUGCUCAGAUUAAUCAAGCGUUGCCAAAUUAUCUGCUCAUCUCUGUUGCAUUACUGUGCUUUGUCUGCAGAGCACGAAACCUGUUUUUUAAAAAAGGCAAACAGGCACCUUUCGAGAACUAACAUGUUAGGAAUUGCAAAACUUUAUAGUUCUCUUCUCCCAGGUAAUUAUUGUAUCAUUAAGAAAGUGCUGCUGUUUUAACACAUUCAUCUAGUCAAUGGUCAUUGCAUAGCAUCUUCCAAUCAUGCCUGAACAAACGCAAUAACUGACGACAUACCAGAUUGUCCUCUUAAAAAAUGCUUUUCUGCCUAUUCUUUGUGAAAUGUAUUCUCUAUACCGCAGUAUAUUUUGUGGGAUGGAUGCAUUGAUCAAGAGAGGUUGCCCAACAGUAUUGACUCUGUGUACUGAUCACUUUGCACUACAGAAUAGUUGAACUGAAUAGAUUUUCUGUUGUAUGAAAAAAACAAUAAAAUGAAACCCUCAUUACAAUUAAACAGUAGCUGAAGGGAGGCUAGUAUUUUCAUUUUUUUAUAUUUCCCAGUAGGGCAUUCAUGAACUGCAGUCUCAGAUUGGUCAUUCCUCCUCCCACCACGGGUUUUCAUUAGAUACUUUUUUGGUUAGAUUCUUCCUACUGAGCAAUAUAACUUGUAUCUUACAGAAUUUCUGAUUAUAUUUCAUUUUUUUUGGUAGGUUAGCAUAUUCAUAGCUCCCCCCUCCUAGUAUUAUACAUGCUUUUGAGGAGCUUUCUUUAGUCUUUAAGUGACUCGGUGUAAAAAUCAUGUGCAGCAGCUUUACCAGUUCUAGUCAUUUUUUAUACUUUGCCACCUUAAUGAUCUUUACUGUAUAUCACCAUUUGCCAGGUAUCCUGACACAGUAACCUUACUAAUUCUGAUGCUGUCCUUUUAAUACCAUCAUACAACCUGUUUGAUCUAGUAACAGUAACCGGUUUGUGAGGUUCUGUAACCGAGUGCUAACAAUGUUCUGUACAUCUCAAACUCUGGCAGGAACACUACAAUGAACUACAACCUUUCACCUACUAGAACAAAAUAUAUAUGGAGUUUGCAAGAUUGUGAAGUUUUUACAUUUGAUCUUUUUGGUAAUGCAAUUUAGCAGUAUGUUUUGCAUGUAUGACUUAAUAAAUUCUUGAAUCAUU